AUUCCCCCUUAUUAUUUUCUUCACUAAGAUACCUCUUCCUGAAAGCCGAGAACCGGAUUCGCCGCCGGUGUCGCCGACUACAGACGUCGGCAUCUCCUCCUAGGGCCCGGUGAAUGGUUGUUUGAGGUUGAUAUUCUUUCAACUUGAAAAGAAUAGCCUUUUCUGGGUUUCGCUGGGUACUCUGUUUGUAUAAUCUCAACAGCCUCUGAACUCUUUGCCUCCCCACCAGUAGGCAACCCCUCCUGUGGUGGAAUACAAGCGAAUAGAUAGCCAGAAAGCUUGAAAGAGGUCGGGCACCAUGGCGUAUGAAGGUGGCAACUUGAAGUCGACCUCCAUAAAUGGAGUAAAAAUGUACACCGUCGCCGGCCACAACCGCUCGCUUGCGACGUGGCUUCCUCCGAAGAAGCUUAGGGCACUGCGCAAAAACCCAGAUUAUUUGCAGAGGGUGGAUUUGAUCCAGGAUUUAAGGUUUGAAACUGCGACUUCGAGAAUUAAGGUGACACCUGAUGGGGAGUAUCUUAUAGCCUCAGGCAUUUACCCUCCACAAGUCAAAGUCUAUGAGCUGAGGGAACUGUCCCUGAAGUUUGAAAGACAUUUGAUUUCAGAAAUUAUUGAUUUUGAGGUAUUGGAUGAUGACUAUGCAAAAAUCGCAUUUCUUUGCGCUGAUCGUUCUGUAUGUCUUCAUGCAAAAUAUGGAAGUCACUACAGUUUGAGGAUCCCAAGGAUGGGAAGAGAUAUUGCGUAUGACAGCUGGUCCUGUGACAUUAUUUGUGCUGCUUCUUCUCCAGAUCUAUACAGGAUUAAUUUGGAACAGGGACGUUUCCUAUCCUCUCUCAGCACUCAAUCUCCAGCUUUGAAUGUAGUGUCUCAAAGCAAAGUCCAUGGAUUAGUUGCUGGUGGUGGUGAGGAUGGAGCUGUCGAAUGCUUUGAUAUGAGGACAAGGUCUUCUGUUGGUCGAAUAGAUGUUGUUGCAUCUACGGGUGAUGUUGAUGGGGAGGUUACUGCGAUUGAGUUCGACGGAGAUGGAGGUUAUCUUAUGGCCGUUGGAAGCAGUGGUGGGAAGGUUCUGAUUUAUGAUUUGCGCUCAUCUAAUCCUUUGCGUGUAAAGGAUCACAUGUAUGGCAGCCCAAUACUGAACAUUAAGUGGCAUAAGACACUAAACUCUGAGCAAUCAAAAUUAAUCACUGCCGAUAAACACAUAGUCAGGAUUUGGGACCCUGAGACGGGAGAAGGUAUGACUAGCAUUGAACCAACUGCUGGCAAAAUCAAUGACAUGUGUGUCUUCAAAGAAAGUGGGUUGAUUUUGCUGGCUCUGGACAGCAGCCAAAUACCGUCAUACUUCAUACCGGCCCUUGGACCUGCUCCGAAGUGGUGUUCUUACUUAGAGAACUUAACGGAAGAGCUGGAGGAGGGUGGACAAACAACUAUUUAUGAUGAUUACAAAUUCUUGACGAAAGAGGACCUUGCGAAACUGAAUUUGACUAAUUUGAUUGGAACCAAUCUUCUUAGGGCCUAUAUGCAUGGUUUCUUUAUCGAUUACCGGCUGUAUAAAAAGGCCCAAAGUUUGGCAGAUCCUUUUGCUUAUGAGUCUUAUAUAGAGAGGCGAAAGCAGGAAAAGUUGGAAGCCGAACGUGCCUCUAGAAUAACGAUUAAGAGGAAGCUGCCGAGAGUUAAUCGGGCUCUGGCAGCCCGACUUCUUGAGGAGGAGGAAGAGCUGAAUGAGAAUAAGGGAACUGAUGAUGCUGAUGUUCAGAAAACAUCCGAUGCUAAGAAAACAUCAAAGAAAAAGAAAGGCCUCACCAGUGAAGUUCUCAAAGAUGAGAGGUUUACAGCUAUGUUUGAAAAUAAGGACUUUGAGGUUGAUGAAUUCUCAAACGAAUACCUUGCUUUGCACCCAAUGCCAUCAACGACAAAGAAGCCAUCUUUGCUGGAGGAGCAUUUUGAAGCUGUUGAAGAAGAGGAUGAACAGGCUAUUGGUGGUUCUGAUGCAUCGUCAGCGAGUGAAUUGUCAGAGGAUGAGCAUGAAAACACAAAGGGCAAAUCUAAGAAGAAAGUACAAGCUCCUAGAUUUUACGAAGUGAAGGAUAAAAGGCAUGCAGAAGCUUUCUGGAACCGUGAAUCCCUUGCAGAGGAAGAUUCUCUUCCUUUGGGAGAAAGGGCAGCUCUGAGGAAACCAUGGGAAGUUUCAAGGGAGGACGUCAAACACGGACAAGGAGGGUCAAGAGAAAUCUCCUUCAAACCCAGAAGCUCGUCGAAAUACAAUGAGUAUGAUGAGGAUGAGGAGGCACGCCCAGGAAAGAGAAGGGGCAUUCAAUCGUUGAAACUAUCUGGUUCCCGGGGUCGUGGGGGUCGUGGGAGAGGUGGCUUUCGAGGGAGGAACAGAGGGAGAGGACGUCGCUGAACCUAAAUAUGGAGAAAAUCUUUGAUUACCCCUCUAAGAAAAUCUGUGUCAUUUUUGCUUACAUUUGAACUGAACGAGAGAUGGGGAUACAAAAAGGGAAUACUAACAUAAAAUUAUAGAGAAUGAAGGAAAAAGUUUACUCUUUGCCGGUGUAAAGUCAGAAGAUCAGAAAAAUCAAUUUCGGCGGAUGUAUUCUUGUACUUGAGUUACAGUAAGUACACUAGAAAGUUGUUUGAUGUUGAAAACUGUAGCUUCACAUUCUUUUAAUCAGUGGGAGUGUUGGUGGAAGAUACACUGCAUUGAUAGCUUUUCCACUGCCAACCAUGGCCUAGUUUUCUCCUUUU